CGUGCGGUAGGAGGGGUUGUAGUGACGCUGUUAUCCAAUGGGCAUCGGCUUCCUCUGGACGGAGCGCAGCGCAGCACCUCUGUCUCAGCGGCACUUUUGCGCCAGACAAGUAGGGACGGUCAUUCACUCAGCACCCGAAAGAGAAGAAACAGGGAUCCGGGAAUUACUGAGGUGCAUUUGGCGCAGGAGACUCAUCUCGUUCCCUUUUUUACCCCCAACAAGCGAUUUUGCAAAGAUGAAGGUUGGCUGCAUCAUCCUGGCUUGCACCUUACUUGUGGGCACAUCCUCGGGGAGUAAGGCAGUCCAGCCCCUCAAACCCCCAUGCAGACCAGGCUUCUCCCAGAACUUCUACACAGUGAUUGUCUCGAGAGACGUAUUGCACGGUCAAAGCAUUCUCAAAGAUACUACCCUGUCCAGUGAACGUGUGAAGUUUGAGGAUUGCCAGCGCAGCAGAGAGGUGGGCUUUGUCAGCAGUGACCCCAACUUCAGUGUGAGGCCCGAUGGGUCGGUGUAUGCCGAGCAGGAGCUGGCCAACCUGUCAGAGCCCGUCCAGUUCAUGGUGACGGCCCGAGGGCUCCAUGACCCACACAUCUGGGAGACCACCGUUAAGCUAGCCCUGGCCGGACAUCCUCAUCCUUUAGCCCUGACAAAGGGUGGCAUUGAAGAAAUGCUGUCAAGAGUCUGGGACUCUCAACCCAGAGUUAUCAAGUUUCCUCGAAAACAUCAGAGGAGCUCCUCUGCCAAUGGGCUAAGGCGACAGAAGAGAGACUGGGUCAUCCCGCCUAUCAAUGUGCCUGAAAACUCCAGAGGACCCUUCCCCCACAUGCUUGUCAGAAUCCGCUCAGACCAGGACAAGGCUGUUGGCAUCCGCUACAGCAUCACGGGAGCAGGCGCUGAUCAGCCCCCGAGCGGGAUCUACAACAUAGACCCCAUCAGCGGCAACAUGUUUGUCACGCAACCCCUGGACAGAGAGGAGAGAGCCUCAUUCCACCUGCGAGCCCAUGCAGUGGACAUGAAUGGUAACCAGGUGGAGAACCCAAUCGAUCUAUACAUUUAUGUGAUUGACAUGAACGACAACAGACCUGAGUUUCAGAACCAGGUGUACAACGGCUCGGUGGCUGAAGGGUCCAAACCAGGCUCGUCUGUGAUGCAGGUGACAGCCACCGACUCGGACGACUCCACCACAGCUAAUGGCAUGGUGCGCUACCGCAUCCUCUCACAGACUCCCCACACGCCCAUCCCCAACAUGUUCACCAUCAACAGCGAGACUGGAGACAUAGUUACAGUGGCAGCCGGCCUGGACAGAGAGAAAGUGUCCCAGUAUACCAUCAUUGUCCAGGCCACUGACAUGGAAGGCAACUUGAACUUUGGCUUGUCCAACACAGCCACAGCCCUUAUCAGCAUUACCGACAUCAACGACAAUCCCCCAGAACUGACAGUCAGAACGUUUUCAGGGGAGGUGCCAGAGAACAAGGUGAAUGUGGUGGUGACCAACCUCACGGUGGUGGACAGGGAUCAGCCCCACAGUCCCAACUGGAACGCUGUCUACCGCAUAGUCAGCGGAGACCCCUCUGGACACUUCACCAUCCGCACCAACCCCAUCACCAAUGAGGGCAUGCUGACAGUGGUCAAGCCGGUGGAUUUUGAGAUGAAUCGUGCCUUCAUGCUGACCGUGGUGGUUUCCAACCAGGCCCACCUGGCCAGCGGCAUCCAGUCUUCUCUUCAGUCCACAGCAGGAGUCACCAUUUCGAUUCAGGAUGUGAACGAGCCGCCCGUCUUCCCCGUCAACCCCAAGAUGAUCCGCUUUGAGGAAGGUGUGCCAGCAGGGACCACCCUUACCGUGUUCGCUGCUCAGGAUCCUGACCACUUCAUCCACCAGAUUGUCAGGUAUUCCAAGCUGUCCGACCCGGCUAACUGGCUGAAGAUCAACAAGACCAAUGGUCAGAUCACUACCAUGGCCCUGCUGGACCGAGAGUCCAUGUACGUUAAAAACAACGUGUACGAGGCCACAUUCCUGGCAUCCGACAAUGGUAAGUCCGGCUCGCCUCAAGCGAGCGGGACAGGAACUCUCCAGAUCUACCUGAUCGAUGUGAACGACAACGCGCCGGUGCUGAUACCCCGGGAGGCCCAGGUGUGCGAGCGCGCGCGCCCCAACUCCAUGGUCAACAUUACAGCCUCCGACGCUGACGCCGACCCCAACGUAGGGCCCUUUGUCUUCGAGCUGCCUUCUUUUCCUGCAAGCGUUCGCCGCAACUGGACUAUCUCCCGACUCAGCGGUGACUAUGCUCAGCUGAGGCUUAGGAUUCCUUACCUGGAGGCGAGUGUGUACGAGAUCCCCAUCAUCGUGUCCGAUUCAGGGAACCCUCCUCUGUCCAACCGCUCUGUGAUUAGAGUCAAAGUUUGUCCCUGCGACAAUAACGGAGACUGCAGCGCCACAGGGGCUGUGGCAGCCGCCGGCCUCGGCACCGGGGCCAUCAUCGCGAUACUCAUCUGCAUCAUCAUACUGCUGAGCAUGGUUCUGCUGUUUGUGGUGUGGAUGAAGCGCAGAGAGAAGGAGCGGCAGGCAAAGCCCCUGCUGAUCGACCCUGAGGACGACGUCAGAGACAACAUCCUCAAGUAUGAUGAGGAGGGAGGAGGAGAGGAGGACCAGGACUAUGACCUGAGCCAGCUGCAGCAGCCCGAGUCUUUAGACCACAUCAUCAAUAAGCCGGCGGGGGUGCGCAGGGUGGACGAGAGACCUGUGAUUGCUGAGUCACAGUAUCCCGUCAGACCCAGUCUGCCCCAUCCUGGAGAUAUAGGAGACUUCAUUAAUGAUGGUCUGAGGGCGGCAGACAACGACCCCACAGCUCCUCCCUACGACUCCCUGCUGGUGUUCGACUACGAGGGCAGCGGUUCAACCGCCGGCUCCGUCAGCUCGCUCAACUCCACCAGCUCAGGGGACCAGGACUAUGACUACCUCAACGACUGGGGCCCUCGCUUCAAGAAGCUGGCCGACCUCUACGGGGGAGGGGACGAUGACUGA